AAAAUGUCUUGUGAGAAAUGCACAGGAAAUGAGACCGUUAUCAUCAUACGAAUAUUACUAGUAAUUCUAUUUAUUAUAACUAUUAUAUUUUUGUAUAAUUAUUUCAUGAAAGUUUUACAUAAACAUAAAUCAACGAUACGGAAUUUAUCAAAAAAAUAUCAACGACUAAUUUUAUCGUCAGAAUUCAUACAGAAAUUCGCAAAAACAAAAUAUACUACUGAUAAUGAAAGUCAGUACGCAUUGUUACUUAAUGAAAAUGUUAACAAUAAUGUGAUCAGUUAUUCGAGUGAGGUAGACAUUGAAUCAAAUAACAUAAAGGCUUUUGUACAAAAUCGUUAUCUUGAAGAGAAUUUUAAGCAUACUGCUUACACUAAUAAUAGCAAUAACACGUCUUCACUUUUAUUUGAAUAUACUUCGCAUGAAAUAAAGGAUUCUGGGUUAAAUCAAUUCCAGAAGUCGACUACUGACUGCCACUCAACAUCACCAUCGUCGUCGUCACCGUUUCAAUUAAUCAAUAAAUCUCUGCAGAAUAAUAGAAUCUGUCCUUCAUUGGCUAAGCUAACUAAAAAUAAUGAAAUGAUACCAUUAUAUGAAUUUUAUUCGGAUGACCUUCAAGUGAAUUGUUUAAAUGUAUUAAAACGGUUUAAUAAUGACAACAAUUAUAAAGGCGGGUAUUUUGAUAGUUUUGUAAAAAAAUUUAAAUUGACCAAUCAGUAUCAUGAUAAUAAUAGUAAUAAAUGGUAUCAAUCAAAGUAUAUAAAUUAUCAUUUAUUAACACACAGUGACGACGAUGAUGAUGACGAUGUGGAAGCAGGAUAUCGGAUCAAUAUAAUGGAAAGGGGUAAAGUUGAUAAUGAUUUAACCAAUGAAAAAAUGAACUUACCGUUAUUUAAACAACACAUUGGUAGUGAACAAUCAAAGACCCUUGAAGGAAUUAAUAAUGGUAGUCAUAAUAUUUUAAAUUCAGAUAAAUAUAAAUAUGAGAAUAUAAAGAGAACAGUUUAUAAUGUACAUUUAGAAAGUAUUGAUCGUAAAGAAGAUAUGAUCAAAUUGAAAAGGAAUACAGUAUUACACAUGAAAAGAUCGGAUAAAGUUGAAUUACAGUAAAACUAUGAAAGAUGACACAAGUUAUUCUGAGAUUUGGAGGGGAAGAUGUCUUUUAUUGAAUAUGACUGCAUUAAUGAUUGUAGCGGAGAUUUGAUGGAAGGUCACAGAAGCAGGAGAGGGGACAAGUCAGUGACCUUAGGGAUUCUCUAGCGCGAAAUGCACAUGCUGAUAUGGGGAUAUCAAGAUGACCCUACGAUAAGGAGGAUAGAGAUGGUGACGGAGAUGCCAGAGACAAUGACCAGUGUGUCAAUGGAGAUGAUAUAACUCAAGUUAUCCUUUCAUAUUAUUGAAAUAACACUGGCAACAAUCAGGUUGUGCUCAUAUCAUACCUGAAUAAUAUUCACUGUGAUAAUUUAAACCUUAAAAUAUAUUCCUUUCUGGUUGACACUUUUAGAGGAAAAAUA